AGACUAGCCUCCGCGCUGUUCAAGGAUGGAUAGUUUUCUUCCAAUAUGGUAUGUGCUACCAGCAAUGCCGAGCAAACAGAACGGCUAUGGCGAAAAUACGAAUCGAGUACCCUAAUCUAAACAUAGUGGUCACACACCAACCGCACCAGAUAUCUCAGUGUCCAUGGAAGCCUCUCGUCAUGUUAUCAACUGCACUAGAAGAUUGCCAGCAUUUGAUAUUUUACCUUGGUUUUCUUCCACGACGGAUAAUACACUUCCAUACCAAGAAAGGACUGUAACCAAAAUCGGACAAUGACAUACUGGCGGUACAAUACUCUCCAAAUGCAAAAUGGCCAAAAUGCAAUUCAGUUCUAUUGGUAAUGUCGACUCUGGCUCACUAUUUUGUCGGAGGCGUUCUCCUCUCUAGCAGCACGACAUGGCUAAAAUAUUUCGUGGGCUACAACCUCAGCGUCACCGACACUGCUAUUAGCUUUGUCUCGCGUGAUAUUCCAUUAUGGCGAUGGACGAUGCUGUUAGGUAUGCUCAACUGUGUCUGGACGCUCGGUACAUUGUUUCCGUCUUCCGUCGAAGGUAUCGGCGGAUGGACACUGCAAGCGCCAAAAUUCGCCAUUUUGGCUGGAUUAGUCAGUGGCAUAGGUGCAAAGCUUUGCUCUGACACCGGGUAUGAAGAUCCCCCAUCAGCGUAUACGCAAUGGUCUAAGGAUGUUGCGAACUACUACGGCGCAAGUUUGGUGGGUGCAAUGGUAACUUCGUUUGUAAUACAAAAGGAUAGCAAUUUGAAGCUACCAGAUCAACAUUACCAAGUGCUUCCUGGGCUAUUCGGUUCUCUAAGUCUCAUUGCAAUACUUGGUAUCCAAGCUAUUGUUUUCAAAUAUUUAGAAAGUAUCAAGUCUGGACGUAGCAUAUCCCCAAAGAACAAACAGGCCAUCGUGUCAUAUAUCUGUGGCGUAUACUAUGUUAUGGGUCUUGGUUACAGCGGCCUUCUUUGUCCAUCAAAGGCAAGAAACUUCGUGAAUGUUCAUAAUCUGACUAGAUUUGACGCUUCUUGGAUAGCAUCCGUCCUUGGCACUUGGGCGGCAAGAUACAUAUUUUCAAAUGUGACGAACACUGCUGGGGUGAAGCGACCGUUAUUCAAUUCCGGGAUGCGAUUGUCAGCAGCACUCAAGAGACCACUUCAGAACAGGGCGUUGAUAGGUUCUACCAUUGCUGGCAUUGGAUGGUCAUUGGAAGGACUUUCCAUAGGAUCAGCAUUGAUUAUCAGCACUUGUCGACCAUCAUUGUCCAUUGUAUCGUUCUGUAUAUGCUAUGUGGCAGCCUACUUCAUAACAGAUCGUAUACAACACCAGAGAACCAAAUGAGAUAUCACUACUACCAUACGCCAACAACGUAGUCUCAAGCAUAAACGCUUUGUAUAUGAAUACCAAAAUUUAUAAAAUACAAUAUGAAUAUGAAAGUAAACUAGCACACCAGAUACAUAAACGUUAUAAAUGGAAAUCCUAUCAACGCCUGUUUAUAUCAUACUUGGCUUAACAUUUGCAAUUGGUGGAUGUAUGUCCGAAGCACUUUAGAUAUCAAACGAUAAUAGGCAACAAACACCUUUAAGCUCGGACGCGGAGCUCCGUUG